AUGGGGUUUGAUGGUUUGUUUGUGGUGGAGAGGAAUGGGUUGGGAGGAGAUUUGGUUGUACUAUGGAGGGAUUCUGAUAUGGCCACUUUAAUUGGGUAUUCUGAUAAUCAUAUUGACGUCGCGGUGUCGUUGCCAGCCAACCAUGAUGAGAAAAGGGGUGGAGCACCACAUCUGAAUGGGCUUAUUGCGGGUUUUAAUGCGGCAUUACAAGACUGUGAUUUGUUUGACUUGGGGAUGGUUGGUCACCUGUUUACUUGGGUUAAGGGAAGAGGUACUGCGAAUUGGUUGGAAGAGCGCCUUGACCGAGCUUUGGCCACGCCGGAAUGGUGUGAGAUUUACUCUUCAGCUACAGUGUUGAAUAUGCUAGCUAACUCCUCGGAUCACAGCGCUCUUUAUCUUGAUCCGAAGGGAAUUGCUAUUAGAAGAACUUCCCGAGUUUUCUGGUUCGAGUCUGCAUGGCUGCUAGACGUUAAAUGCAAGGAUGUGGUAGAAUCUUCAUGGCGUCGGACUACGAACUUGAGCUUCCUGGAUCGUAUAGACGUCUGCGGACAGAGUCUGUGGCGUUGGGGUAAGGAACAUUUUUGGCUGUUUGGCAGGAGAGUCCAACAAUUGCGGGAUAGAAUGGAGGUUUUACGAGGCAGUUCCGCUGUGGGGGAUGUUGCCAUGUUCCUUAGGCUUGAUGUUGAGCUUAGUAUCUUAUUGACGCAGGAGGAAUUAUAUUGGCGCCAACGGUCUAAACAAUUAUGGUUGCAGGAAGGGGAUCUAAACACAAAAUACUUCCACCAUUUUGCAAGCCAUAGGAGGAAGUGCUGCUAG